AUGUCCCCCCUACAACCGCCCGGUCGGCUUCAAGCAUCCAAAAGACAAAUUCCAACAUCAAGCUCCAGCUCAGUCGUUCAACAAUCAAGCAACCCAAACCAGCAACUUCGAAGAGUGGCCGGAAUUCCCUCGCACUCAUCUCAGCCCGUAUUACUGCCCUCAAACAGAUUACUCAGUCGCGAGCCAUCUCAAGAUUCAAACAAUGGAAGUUCAAACUCCGAUCUUGAGCCCUCGCGAGUUCUGGCCGAGUUUGUUGGAGGUCUCGGACCCGGUCAGGUCGCCGGUCGUCAGGCUCUUGGAGCCGGGUCCCUGGGAGAGUUACACCUCACCAUUCAGGAGCGACAGAAUGCCUUUGUUGUAAAUGUGAAUCAAGCGCGUGCACUCAAAUCCCCAAGAAAUACAAAAAGUCUUCCCGCUGCGUAUGUAAAACUGUAUCUGAUGUUUGGCGCGCGACGCGUCGCCAAGCAAGGAAUCCCAAAAGCUUCGAAAAGUCUGUCUCCACAGUUUCACCAGGUCUGUCUGUUCGACCAGAAUGAAUCCUUCGACGCUCUCCAGGCGAUUGUAUGGGGCGAUUACGGGCCACUCGAUAAAAAGGCGUUCAUUGGAGUUGCUCAAAUUCAGUUGAGUUCCUUGGAUUACUCAAGCUCUUCGAUUUCUGGUUGGUACAGAUUGUUUCCCUCGUCGAGCAUUGUUAAUCCUUCUUUGUCAGGAACUGGUAGCCAGCUCUCAAUCGACACAAUUGGCUGA